AUGAAUCUCGACGAGACGGCACCAGUGGAGCUCUCCCUAGGGGAGAUACGGACGAUGGGGGAGCUGGAGACAGACAAGGAGACGGAUGGAGCGGUGAUAGAGGAGGCGGCAGUAGAAGAACAGCUAGUGACCCCGUGGGAGCGCAUCGACGCCGCGCUCGUCGACAGCAUCGCGCACCUCACGUCCCGGCCGCCGCAUCGCUUCCUUCGGCGCGGGAUCUUCUUCGCCCACAGGGAUUUGAACAACAUCCUUGACCUCUACGAGGUAGGGAAGAGGUUCUAUCUGUACACGGGGAGGGGACCAUCAUCAGGCGCUGCACCUCGCCCACCUCAUCCCCUUCAUGUUCACAAAUCUAAAGGGAUAUUUGGAACUAGUCUGUAUGAUAACAAUGGUAAGGUCGGCUUUCCUCCUAAGCAGGCUGCUCCAUCGUUCCCUUCAUCAUUUCUACAUCUCUUUUCUGGAAAUGAUGAACUGAGGUGCCUUAUACCAUGUGCAAUAGACCAGGAUCCUUAUUUUAGGAUGACUCAUGAUGUUGCUCCUAAAAUUGGUUUUGAGAAACCUUCACUGAUUGAAUCAAAAAAUUUCCCUGCACUUCAGGGGGAGAACACUAAAAUGUCAGCCAGUGACCCGAAUUCUGCCAUAUAUGUGACAGAUAGUUCUAAUCAAAUAAAGGAAAAGGUGAAUAAUUUUGCUUUCUCAGGUGGCAGGGAGUCCACAGCGCUCGAGAGGGAAUAUGGUGCCAACAUUGAUGUGGAUGUCCCAAUCAAAUACCUAAACUUCUUCCUUGAAGACGAUGAUGAGCUUGAGCACAUAAAGAAGGUUCAUUUUUCAUGCUGA